AUGGCGUCUGGUGGAUCUUCUGGUCGUCCCCCCUCUGUUUCUCGAUCGUUCGACUUUGGAUCCGACGACGUGCUCUGCUCCUACGACGACAUCGGGAGCCAGGAUCAUUCCAACGGGAAGCGAUCGGACUCCGCCGGGAAGGUGAUGUUGUUAUCCGCUUCUUUUCUUUUCUUUUAUCUUGACAUCUUUUAUGGGAAUGGUUCUCCUUUCGUGUUUUCAUGAGAUUCUUGUGAGUUGUACGACUUUGUUCGUGAAAAUAGGGUUGAAUUUCACGAAUUGUGCUCUGCUACUUUCCAAAUUUUGACUCGGGACUCGGUGCUGCGUCGGUGAUGUUUUUCUUUCAUCGGAUUCGUACCUACCUGGGAUGAUCACGGAAUUUGUUUCUACGGAUGUUUUGAUUGAUUUCCCCGGGACCUCAAAUUAUGUUAUUGAAAAGAAUUAUAGGGAUAUUCCAAUAACUGCAUUGUAGGGUUACCUUUUAGAGACUUUGAUGCGGUUGGUAUGGGAUGUUUCUAUUGAUGGCAUAAAAUUGUGUUCCCUCCCUGCACCACGUCAAUCAAAUCUCCUUUGUUAAUCUUGUCGUACUUUGAUAGAAGUAGAGGGAAAAGGGCCAGAACAUUGUACCUUCGCUCCUCCGAUUCCCCAAACUCUGCUCUGAAAAUUUAUUGCUCUGAAAAAUUUAUUGGCCUUUUGGAAGGGUGGGGAGAGCCAAUUGCGUUGAAAGCGGCUAUCGCUUACUUUAUGCGCUUCCAUGUCUGUUGCCUUUCCUUGAAAGAUGUCCUUACACCAUUAACAUGCUUGAACGAACCCAUCUCGUCCAACAUAUGUUGUCUUUCUACCUCCUAUAAAUCUCCUUUCUAGAGAAAUCCCUCAUAUCCCACGACGCUUGUCCUCUCCAUAUCCAACAAGGAUCAUAUCCAACAUAUAUUGCAUCACCCUCAUGAUUUCCAGGCCUCUAUUUGCUCCAGUGGUACUUAUUCUUCCCUUUUCAAACUGAUAGCAUAACAUAAACCUCCCUCACACCUCAAAGGGCUGAUUUUUAUCUUUUGCAUUUGUACUUGACUUUUUGGGUAUUCCACCUUCCUUUCACCCCAUUGCACACAUGAUGAUAUAUCUCGUGAUCCUUGAACAUCUCUCCUACAUCUCUCUUUACUUCUUCAAUAACUUAAUCCUCAUUUUUUGUGCGUCGCUCCAAUUUUGUGACCACUAUUUCGUACCUUGGUUUUACAUAGAUCAUGAAUAAUAUUCUAUCUUACAGAACUAUCAUGACGCUCCUCUCUUCUGGCCUGGAAGUUUCAGCAAACUCACAAUCUGUUUGUUGACCAUCUCUGUUCAUGUCACCUGAUAUUUUAGUGAUAUCUUUACCCAGACUUUUCUCCAUCAAUGUUAGGUCUAGUCCUCCACUUGAUCUCUCAGAAUUUGGCCUUCACCCUGAUAAGGCUCUCGUUAUCGUAAAUGGCGUAUGCGACCAAGGUGUGAUUGCUUCAUCACCCGCCUUUCCCUCCAUUCAAAAUUUAUGAUUACGCCCAUCUUCACAAAUGGACAAACAUCUCCUCUGCGGCAACUCUUGAUUUCCCUUAUAAUAGCUUCUGUUGUUGUUGAACUCCAGUCCCACUGGUAGCCCCUUGCUGCGUAUGUCAAUGAUGGAUCAAGGUCCCUUUUCAAUGGUUUAUGGAUCUCCAGGUCUUUUGUAGUGAGGGUAGCUUAUUUUGUCUAUCUCACUACAUGUUCCAGAGGAUUUUUCUUCAUUGCAAUUCAUCGAAUCCUUUUGAUUUUAAGGUCACGGUUACAUUUUUUUGUGUUUUCAAUUUCCUCCAUACUUUCGAAGGUAUUUUGUUAUCAGUAGUUUAUCUCUCAAGUUGCCACUUUGAUGGUGAUGUAAUGUUUCCCCACCUUUCACUAUCAUUUUUUUUGACAUUAACAUAUUUGGAUCCCAUUUAAUUUUUGGAAACCUCUAGAUGCCUAUGUUCCCAGGUUAAUAGACAAGUAGUAGUCCAUUAAUGUCUAUCCUCAAAUCUAAUGAGACGGGUGAUGUGGAACAUGUCCACCGAUCUCAUAUGUUCCCAACAUAAUUGGAUCUAUGGUAAUCCUAUUGCUAUAUUUUUAAAAGUGGGGUUUGGUAAAGAUGAACACCCUCCCCCCUCCCCCCUUUCCGUAUUACCAAGACAUGAUAGGAUCAUUAUCUCUAUGUAAGUUCCUUGGACGGCUGGGUAAGUUGUUCAGCAGUGGUGCGAGUGAAAUAAUUUGAAUUGAUAGUUGUCUUAUAUGGUUUUUGUUGUCCGUGAGCCCAAUAACCCCAAGUUGAUUAAUGUUAUACAUAUCUUCUUUCCCCAUUAUUGCAGCUUCAUUUUCCUUUUGAACUCACGUUCAGUAAUAAGGUUUCAUCGUCCUAGAGUGGGUCAGAAUCGUGUAUCCACUUGGAAGAGAUUUUUUUAGGGAUCCAGAAAGCUAUGUCAACCUGGCGUCUACUUCAGGCGAUUAGCAGAAACUGUUUCUUGUCUCUAGCAGCCUCAUUGUCACGUUGAUAAAGAAAUAGUUCAUCUGUGAGAUCAGUGGCAUGAUAAUUUUAUCUCUUGUUUGGCUUAGGGUAGGGGGUUGCGGAGUUUUCAUGCAGUAGCCACCAGAGGGGAGUUUAGGAUUCUUCUCUUUUCCCAGGCAUUCUUCGUUAUGUAUGACCUAAUGCACAAUCUACGGAUGAGAAAGUUCCACUGAAUGAGAGCCCCUCCGAACUCACAAACUUUAUCUGCUCCAUUUAUCUGCUUGGAUCUUAAAUUUUCAUUGCUGCUUGUGAUGAAGGGUGUCAACUCCUCGUAAAACUUCUGGCCUCUGGACUCUUUGCAGAGCUUUGGAACUUCCAUGUGCGCUUUCUAUGGUUCUCGUCAGCACUGUUGUUCCCAAACCAGUGGGUCGUUUCUUUUCUGUAUCAACUCCGUAUCUGAUAGAAACCACCAACAGAGGUCGAAUUGUGAUUGUUACCUAAAAAGACACCCCCUCCUUGCGGUACUGCCUUUGUUAGUCUCAGUAGGGACUCCAUGUGUUGUCUGACCAGGAUCUAGAAGUUGAUUUUUUUAGUCUUUACUCUGAUUAUGAUAACAGCAUCCCAGAUCCUCGUGUAGCAUCCUGUUUACUCAAGUCCCUGGCUAGUAUUGGCACUGAGUAUUUGUUCCCCAGGAGGAAAUGCUUCAUGCGUGUGAGUGGACCACGCCAUACGGGUCCUGGCACAAGUCUCUCUCUUUUCCGAACUUACCUUAGCCAAAGGAUCCUGGAGACAUCAUGUAGAGAGUUGAUGCCUGGAAACCCAGCCGAUGGAAAACCUUCCCAAAAUUCUCGACAUGUCAUUUGGUUUCAAGCUAGCUCAGGGCAGAGGGGAUAGGCCAAGAUUUUUUUUGUUUUGUUUAAGUUUCGUCGGAUGACAUUGAUAACAGCAUUUCGGUAUUUCAGUAGAAAUACUCUUAGUGCGCGGCAAACAGAAGGGCUAACGUAGACUAUCUUUAAUAAUUUUUAUUAUAUCCUCAUGGAUCGGAAUCAACCAUUGUAGAGUAUAAGAUCUCAGAAUCAAUUUUUGCCAUGAUUGCCUUUUCUCUGUCAUUAUAAACAUAUAUGCAUGUAUAUAUAUAUAUAUAUAUAUAUAUAUAUAUAUAUCAUCCAUGUGUGUGUGUGUGUGUGUAUAUGUAUAUAUAUCAUCCAUUGUAGAUCUUUCCGUGUCCACACUAAAUUUGGAGUUUUAAUCUAUGGAUAUACAGGAUUUCAGAGAAGGCAGAGUAGGAAGACCUUUAGUGGAUGUAUAUAGUCAACGUGAAGAGCAUGAUAACCGGGAUCUGCUUUUAGCUGUCGAGAAGUGCAUGAAGAAAUAUGCUGAUAAUCUGCUGCGAUUUCUAGAGGGAAUCAGUGGGCGGCUAUCACAGUUGGAACUGUAUUGCUACAAUCUCGAACGUUCUGUUGGAGACUUGCGUGCAGAUCUGAGCCGUGAUCAGAGUGAGUCAGAUCUGAAGCUGAAGUCUCUGGAGAAGCAUCUCCAAGAAGUAAGUUUGUCUGUCAUAUUAUUUUCCCGACCACUGUGUGCCACAUAUUGACCUAAAGUUGGUUACUUGCAGAGUGCAUCUAAUACUGUUUAAGUGAAAUCUGAAAUGUUUUGGAGAAGUAACGAUUUUAUCAGCAUUUGUCAUUUUUCAUCUGAAGUCAGCCAAUUACUAGUAUGCAUGUGAUCAUGCCGAUGCGUUCCGGGGGAUUGGGUGUCAUACUAUUUCCCUCCCUACGCCGAUAAAUAUCUCAAGCAUAUGUUUUGUCUUCUCAUCAAUCCAAUUGCUUAUGCUCGUGCUUGUCGACAUAUGCUUUGAUAUGUUGAAGCCUUGCGGUAUUUAUUGCGCGGUUGCAUCGUCAGUUUCUGAACAUUUGCCCGAGCAUGAAUGAAGUCCACUCAUUUCCCCCCCUCUCCCAAGUUAGUGUGGGGGAUUUACCUCCUCGCUGCACUCUCACUAAACGGCCUUUCACCUGCAUGGAAUCGCAUAAUCUCGGAGGACAUUCCUCGUGACAGCGAGUGAUCUCUGCUGCGUCAGGUACACAGGUCGGUGCAGAUCCUGAGAGACAAGCAAGAACUCGCGGAAACCCAGAGGGAACUGGCCAAGAUUCAGCUCGCCACCAAAGAAUCAUCUGACACCGCCACCGCCACCGCCACCGCCGCCGCCGCCGCCGCCCCCGAGCCGAAGAAGCGCACCGACUCGCCGGACGCCUCUAACCAGCAAUUGGCCCUCGCCCUUCCUCAACAGCUACCCCCGAACCCUCCUCCACCCAGAGCUCCCGAACAAGCCCCCCCUCAGCCAGACCCCUACACUCAGGCCCAGGGAGGAGGCCCAUUCUACCCCCAGCGCAGCCAGAUGAUGACCCCAAUGCCGCCGCCGCCGCAGCAGCAGCAGCAUCAGCAUCAGCAGCAGCAGCAACCUGAGCAACAACAGUAUGCGCCGCAGAGGCCCCAGGCUCAAGAUUUCUCCAGGCAGCCUCCUCCGCAGUAUGAACAGCCGUGGGCGCCGCAGCAGCAGCCGGCCCCCCAGCAUUUCUCCCAGCCGCAGAGGCCGGAGACGCCGCCGGCGUACGCUCCCUACGCGCCGAGCCAGCAGCCCCCCAACGCCGCCCCGCACGAGAUGUACCCCCCCGGCAUGCCGCUGCAGGCCCCCUACCAACGGGGCUAUGCCCCCGCGCAGUUGAGCUUACAGCGGCAGGAGGUGGCGCCCCCUCAGACCGGCCAGAGCCCUUACCCCCCUCCGCAGGUGAGCAAGGCCGGUGGCUACGCCGCGCCGGUUCCUUACCCGCCGCACUCUAAUGUUCAGAGCUAUGGAGCCCCCGGCGGCGGCGGCGCCGCCCGCCCUCAGCAUUUCCUCCCCGGAGCCUAUCCGCCGCCGGGGGGCAUGCACCAAGGGAUGCAGAUGCCCCGAAGUCACCCCUACGCAGAGCUGAUCGACAAGGCUAUCAACAUGGGAUAUCUCAGGGAUCACGUGAUCGGCGCUGUCCGCAGGAUGGAGGAGAGCGGUCAGCCCGUUGACUUCAAUUCCCUCCUCGACGUGCUGAAUGCCCGCCCAGCUGCUCCCCCCUCCCAGAGGGGAUGGGCCAGUUAG